UCUGGUCAUAUGGCUUCAACUGAGAUGGUGACUGUGUUAGAAGAAUGUCGAGUCUCUCCACCUUCUAGUACUGCUGUUGAUGAGAAAUCUCUUCCUCUCACCUUCUUUGAUAUCCCAUGGAUACAUCAGCAUUUGGUUCAAAGCGUCUUCUUUUAUGAAUAUCCUCAUCCUAAGACUCACUUCAUAGAGACCACCAUCCCUGCCCUCAAACACUCACUGUCCCUCACUCUCAAACACUUUUAUCCCUUUGCAGGGAAUUUACUAUUUCCUCCAAAUCUUGGAAAGCCUCAAAUUCAUUACGCAGAUGGUGAUUCAGUUUCAUUAACCUUUGUUGAGUCUAGUGAUGAUUUUUCUUAUCUUACUGCAAAUCACCAGCGAGAUGUUGCUCGACUUCAUCCUCUUAUACCCCAAAUGCCACCAGUGUCUGUAUCAAAUGACACCUUAGUAGCACCUCUUGUGGCUAUUCAAGUGACUCUUUUUCCAAACUCAGGCAUUUCUUUUGGGUUCACUACGAACCAUGUUGUUGCAGAUGGUAAUACCUUUAUUCGGUUUGUAAGGCUAUGGGCUUCUAUUAAUAAAUUAGGUGAAGAAAGCAUGACCUUAGAGGGUGCAAUCCUUCCAUUCUAUGACAGAACCAUGGUAAAAGACUCGAACGGGGUAGGCUCAAUUUUUUGGCAGCAUAUGGGGAAAAAAAAAUUCGGAGGAUACCAACCUCAGCUCCCUACCAAUAACGUCCUAGGCACAUUUUUAUUAAGCCAAGCCCAUCUUCAGCGACUCAAAAGAUGGGUGAUGGUCCAAUGCCCAAAACUCCCCCACGUAUCAAGUUUAACCGUGGCGUGUAGUUAUACUUGGGCUUGCGUGGCCAAAGCUCGGGCGAGGUCGAGUGACGAAGUGGAUGAGAACGAACUACAACACUUUGUUUUUCCAGUAGAUUGUCGAGCCCGUUUGAACCCACCUUUACCUGAAAACUAUUUUGGUAAUUGCUUAGCACCAUGUUUUGUGGCCAUCAAAAGUACACAACUAAUAGAUGAUGAAGAUGGUUUUGUUGCUGCGGUCAAUGCUAUGGGAGAAGCUCUAGGAAAAACGCUUCAAAAUGAGGAAGGAGUUCUGAGAGGUGCAGAGAAAUGGUUGUCAGAUUUGGAAUCUCUAAACAAAGAGCGAACCCUUGGGGCGUCUGCAUCACCAAAGUUUGCAGUUUACAAUAUAGAUUUUGGUUUCGGCCGAUUACAAAAGAGAGAAAUGAUAUCGAUAGAUGAAACAAACAGUAUUUCGCUUCAUGAAGGAAAAACUAAUAUGGGAGAUAUUGAGGUUGGGGUGGCAUUACCUAAGAUGACGAUGGAUGUUUUCGCCUCUAUUUUUGCCAAUGGUCUCAAAGUCUAUGAUUAGAAAAAGAAAUUAAAGUGUUUCUUUGUUUCCUAGUAAAUUUGUUUUGGUCAUUUUACAAAAUAGUGCUGCAUUCAAUUCCAUCACUAUUUGAGACAAGUUUUUGCCUAA